AUCCAUCUCAAUUUCUCUGAAAAACCCUAGCGAUUUCCGAUUUGUCUUCUCCUGCGUCAGGCCUUCUCGCCGGAGAUGUGGGAGGGAUGUAGAUCCCUUGCUUCCUAAUUUCUUGUCUUUAAUUAGUGUUCUCUGGUAGAUCUGUGGGCAAAUCGAAGGUGGUAUGGGUUUGAGGGCUUUUCGGCAAUGGAAUCAAUCGGAGGUUAAGACAGCUGAAAAUGAAGGAAUCGUUGAUGCUGGACCUGGUGAUGAUGAGUGUUAUCCUAAGAGAUUCAAAUCGAGAAGGGAAAAAAUCUCUGAGCUUCUUUUCUAUUGUAGAGUGAAUCGAUGCAUCAGAUGCGACCAUCUCGAGCUUACGAUUCCUGGGGACGACGAAGAGGGAGAGGCUAAUUUGGGAUGUGGAGUCGCCGGUGAUGAUGGUGUUACGAGGGUUGAUGUUGAUGAAGAUUAUGAAGAAGCUGGUGGUAGUAAAGAGAGCAAAGCUAAUAGAUUAUAGAUGAGCCAAUCUCGGUGUUGCUCGAAUCCUUGAGAAAGCUUCAAUUGAUGUCUUUGAAUUUGGAUAUUCUUAAGAGUACUGAAAUCGGAAAGGCUGUUAAUGGUUUGAGGAAACAUGGGUUUUGAUAAGAUUCGCCAACUCGCAAAGACUAUUAUCCUUGAAUGGAAGGAGUUGGUAGCAGAAACUCAAAGCUUUUGAUGCAGACGCAAGAAGUGAAAAGCUCCAGGACCUUAACAAGAAAAACUCAAAGCUCUUGAUGCAGACGCAAAGUUCCAGUUUGCUAAGAGGAAACUUCAAGCGAGCUACCAACAACAUGAGAACGGUUUGUUCCUUUACCUCUUGUGAUUUUUGACUGUGAACAUUUGUGUUUGCAGGUAGAUUCAGGCUGGGACAUUGAUGAAUAACUAUGCACAUAUAUUUGAUGCAAAACCUCUAAUAGGUUUGCCUCAGCAGGACCUCUAAAAGGAAUUCUCAGGUCAAGUAUGUUUGAUGCCAAUGAUGGGAUUCAUUGAGCAAGUCCUUUGGCCAAUAUUUUGUUACUGUGAUGAAAUGACAAAUCACGAGCUGAUGAUGGCGGGGAACCACGAUAUCUCGUUUAGGCAUGAGCAAUAUAUGGAAGCUCGACAG